GAUGCCCAGGCUGGGAAGGCCCCAUCCAGAGGCCCAUGGCUUCCCAAGACCGGCCCUGGAGGAGCUUGCCCGGGGCCGGAGAGUGCACAGUGGCUCCGAGGGUCCCUAUCCUGCGCGCACCAGGCUGAGCUGUGGGCGGCCUCUCGGGUCUCCAGCCCCUGCUCCGGCCAGGCCCCAGCGAAGGGCGAACCGGGCGCCUCCCGGCCCCCUAAGCAGGACUCGGUGCCUGCUGCGCCGCAGCCUCUGGGGCCAGCGGCGGUGACCAACCUGUAACCCCCGUGUUGAGCAGUCACGGUGCUGGGGCUGGAGCGGUGGCGGUGGCGGCGGCGGCAGCGGGUGGCAUCAUGCGGAUGGCGCCGACUCUCCACUGGAGGAGUUUGGCACUUGCACCCCGCCCAGAGCGGUUCCACUGCCCAAGUCCUUGCAGACAACUAAGCCUCCAGGAGGAGCCCAGAACCUGUGAGUCCGGGGUCCCAAGUCCUUCUGCCUGGACAUCUGCUGGUGACACUUCCCCCUCCUGUUGCCUCCUGUGAAAGCCCCACCUUGCGGCAGGCCAAGUGGCUGGCCUGCCCUCCUGCCUGUGCAGCCCCGCAGCUCAACAUGCAUCCCCCAGGCUUCAGGAACUUCUUGUUGCUGGUGUCCUCCCUUCUAGUCCUUGGGCUGUCAGCUGCUCCUCAAAGCUUCUCACCGUCUCUGAGAAGCUUGUCCGGCGCCCCCUGCAGGUUGUCCAGGGCCGAGUCCGAGCGCAGAUGUCGUGCACCUGGCCAGCCCCCAGGGGGCGCCCUGUGUCAUGACCGUGGCCGGUGCGAGUGCGGGGUCUGCAUCUGUCAAGUGACCGAACCUGGCACCUAUUUCGGGCCGCUGUGUGAGUGCCACGAGUGGGUAUGCGAGACCUACGACGGGAAAAUUUGCGCAGGCCAUGGUACUUGUGACUGCGGCAAGUGCAAGUGUGAUGUGGGUUGGUCUGGGGAAGCUUGCCAGUACCCAACCAAGUGUGACCUGACAAAAAAAAUCAGCAACCAGAUGUGCAGGAACUCUCAAGAUAUCAUCUGCUCCAAUGCAGGUACAUGCCAGUGUGGAAGGUGCAAGUGUGAUAAUUCAUAUGGAAAAGGACUCAUUUAUGGCAAAUUUUGUGAGUGUGAUGAUAGAGAAUGCAUAGAUGAUGAAACGGACGAAGUAUGUGGAGGCCAUGGGAAGUGUUACUGUGGAAACUGUUACUGCGAGGCUGGUUGGCAUGGUGAUAAAUGUGAAUUCCAGUGUGACAUCACCCCCUGGGAAAGCAAGCGAAGAUGCACAUCUCCAGAUGGCAAAAUCUGCAGCAACAGAGGAACAUGUGUUUGUGGUGAAUGUUCUUGCCAUGAUGUUGAUCCAACUGGGGACUGGGGAGACAUUCACGGGGACACGUGCGAGUGUGAUGAAAGGGACUGCAGAGCUGUUUAUGAUCGGUAUUCUGAUGAUUUCUGUUCAGGUCAUGGGCAAUGUAACUGUGGACGAUGUGACUGCAGAGCAGGCUGGCAUGGGAAGAAUUGUGAGCACCCACGGUCCUGCCCAUUGUCCCCUGAGGAGAGCACCAAGAAGUGCCAGAGUGGCUCUGACCUGCUUUGUUCUGGAAGGGGCAAAUGUGAAUGUGGCAGAUGCACUUGUUAUCCUCCAGGGGACAGCAGGGUGUAUGGAAAGACCUGCGAGUGUGAUGACCGAAGCUGUGAAGACCUGGAGGGUGUGGUCUGCGGAGAAACACUAAUGGAAGAAAGCAGUGUCACCCAGAAACUUGGGGAAGAAACUGUAAAAUUAUAUGAUACUCUCUUCUGGAUGGAAACCUUUAUUGCUCUGGUGACAGUAAUAUCCAUUGUGAUUUCAGGUUCUUGCCAUUGUGGAAAGUGCAUUUGUUCUUCAGAAGAGUGGUACAUUUCAGGGGAGUUUUGUGACUGCGAUGACAGAGACUGUGACAAACACGAUGGUCUCAUUUGCACAGGAAAUGGAAUCUGUAGCUGUGGAAACUGUGAAUGCUGGGAUGGAUGGAAUGGAAAUGCAUGUGAAAUCUGGCUUGGCACUGAAUAUCCUUAGUGAUUCCAUGGGCCACAACUGGAUUCACAUUUCUAGGCCAUUUUAGAAGUUUAGAGGAAUGCAUGUGUAGACAGCACUAGGGCAGACUCUUGUGUGUUUUUCUAUUUCUGACUGAGUGAAACAUGGGUCUUCAUUAGAAAUGACUUCAGCAAACUAAAUUGUUUUCCCAUAAUUAACAUCAGUGUUUUAUAACCAAGGAGGGCAAUUUUGCACCCACAAGACAUUUGGCAAUGUCUACAAAGAAUUUUGUUGUCAGACUGGGUAGGGUAGGGGUGCUUGUGCUAUGGGCAUUUUAGAGGUAGUGGUCACAGACAAUGCUGAAUACCCAAUAGAACACUGAAGGGCCCUCACAGCAAAGUAUUUCUGACAUCCAAUGUUUGUCAAUAUGUAGUAGAAAAAUGCUAAAUCACAUGGUACUUAGGACUCCACAUUCUGACACCAGAAACAAUGUAUCAGAAUAUAAGGAUGAUAUUUAUUCUCACAUAAACCGAUCAGUUGGAUUUUUCCAGGAUUCCACAUGAAUCUGAAUUUGCAUAUUGGGACAGUGAUGACAGACACAUAUGACAUGUGAUGAUGGGCUGGGGUUUACCAGAUCAAAAGGGCUUUAAAUUCACAAGGAUUUCUUACAGGAAGAAAUGAAAAAUGUACAAUUUGACAAUUUAAUAAAUAGUGACAAAAGUUGUUUAUA